AUGUCGGGGUCCGGGGCGGUCCCGCCGAGCGCGGGUGUGAGCGUGUUGGUGGGGGCCGCCCUGGCCGUGGCCAUGCUGGGGCUGGGCUGCAGCGUAGAGCCCGGCCGGCUGGGGGAGCCGGUGCGCCGCCCCCUGGGUCCGGGGUUGGCCCUGCUGGGCCAGUUUCUGCUGCUGCCGCUGCUGGCCUGCGGGCUGGCGCUGGCCUGCGCCCUCGACGAGGUCGCCGCCGUGGCCGUGCUGCUCUGCGGCUGCUGCCCCGGAGGGACCCUCUCCAACCUCAUGACCCUGCUGGUCGACGGGGACAUGAACCUCAGCGUUGUGAUGACCAUCUCCUCCACGCUGCUGGCUCUGCCGCUCAUGCCGCUCUGCCUGUGGGCCUUCAGCCGCCCCUGGAUCAACACGCCCCUGGUGCGCCUCCUGCCCCUGGGCGCCGUCACCCUGACCCUGUGCUGCACCCUCCUGCCCAUCGGCCUGGGGGUCUUCAUCCGCUACAAGUUCAGCAGGGCCGCCGACUUCUUGCUUAAGGUCUCCCUGUGGUCUCUGCUGGUGAGCCUGGUGAUUCUCUUCAUCGUGACCGGCACCAUGCUGGGGCCCGAGCUGCUGGCCAGCAUCCCCGCCACCGUCUACAUGAUAGCCAUCUUCAUGCCGCUGGCCGGCUACGGCCUGGGCUACGGCCUGGCCUCCCUGUUCCGCCUCCCUCCCAGCAGCAGGAGGACCGUGUCCCUGGAGAUGGGGAGCCAGAAUGUGCAGCUCUGCACGGCCAUCCUGAAACUCACCUUCCCCCCGCAUCUCGUGGGGAGCAUGUACAUGUUUCCCCUGCUUUAUGCUCUGUUCCAGGCGGCCGAGGCCGGGCUUUUUGUGCUGGCCUAUAAGAUGUUCGGGAGGGAGGACUCGCAGAAGCAGGACCGCCUCGACGAAGAGGAGGAUACAAAUAUUUCUUACAAGAAGCUCAAAGAGGAGGAAAUGGCAGACACCUCCUACGGUACAGUGACCGUGGACACUCCUGGUUCUAUAAUGAUGACACCCACCCAGACGUCGCUGUAGAGGACCCCCGAAGGCCUUCCCCAUCCCCUUUCCCCGCCCUCCCUCUCCCUCCAUCUGUCGUAGAGAGUUCACGAUAUCCCUCCUGCACCCACUUCCUCGCGGGUUAGACCAGAACAGUGGCCAUCACAACAGGCUAAACGGGUCACACCGUGGCGAAGCAGAGAUGCUCUGAUGUAGUUAAACCGAAAGCCCCGGGAGGCGGCUGCCAGCUCUAAUAAAGCUCUCCUUAGCAGAAGCCCAGACUCUUUGAAACCGGGAAGCUAUUAGAAGAAGCAUGGCCCUCCCAAACCCAACAUCUUUGCGCACUCGGCGCAAGCUGUAUUUGGAAUAGAUAAUUGAGUUUCAAGCGUUUCAUUCAUUGUGAAAAAAGUGUGUGUCGUGCAGCUUAUAAAUACAUGAGGAAAA